ACCCAGGGUCAGGAAAAACUUUUGUUGUUGUAACAAAAGCUAUGACGUUUGGAUUUCUAAAAUUGUGCAUUGUUCUGCCUAAACUUGUUCACACAGCUACAUUACACUUUGAUUUAUUAGGAUUAUUCAUUCAUUCAUUUACGAAACAUUACGUGACGAAAAAUACUGGACAACAAACACACUGAUGUAAGUAAAACUAUGUAAUUUAAAAGAUGAAAUACAAACACAAACAGAACCAUAUGUAAAUGACACACGGCGUUACUGAAGACCUGCCCCUACAGCUUGUUAUUAUGCCCUGAUAGGUGAUGUGCAAGAAUAAACAUUGUCGUAAGUCAAUAAAAUUGAUGAUGUAGUGAUGGGACUGAACUCAUUAACAGGAUGAAGGAGAUGAAAGUCAUGAGGGUAUUUUUAGACAACAAGUUUCACUUACUAAUGUUGUAUAGUUGCUUUUCCUCUGCUAUGUCCUCCUCUCUGUAUUCCUCCUCUUGUCAGUUACAGGGACAGUUUAAUCUAAAUGGGAUGCACAAAAUUGGAGAUGUGAUUCUAGGUGGACUUUUUGCAAUCAACUUCUUUUCUGAUGAAGUUGACCUGAACUUUACCUCAGAGACACAGCUGCCUACUUGUUAUGGUUUUCAUGUCAUAGGAUUCCGACAGGCUCAGACCAUGGCCUUUGCUAUUGAUGAGAUCAACAGAAACUCCAACCUGCUGCCUAAUGUGACUCUGGGAUACAGUCUGUAUGAUAACUGCUUACAAUUACGAUUUGGAUUUCCUGCAGCACUAACCUUAGUCAGUGGUCAAGAAGAGCAAUUUACAUUAGAGGAGAACUGUGUAGGAACUCCUCCAGUCCUAGGGAUUGUGGGUGAUUCUACCUCUUCAAAUUCUAUAGCCAUUUCUGCAGUCCUAGGUUUGUACAGAGUGCCUCUGGACGAUCCCAAGUGAUGCUUUUCAGGUGAAAAUCUGUCUAAAAACAAAAUGUGUCACUCAUCAUGUUAUGUGUCUCAUUUACAGAGUUGUAUGGCGUCAGAUAUACAAAACUUAAAGACAGUGAUUAAACAUGAGUCUUUGAUGAAUAAGUUCAGCAGGAUUUCUAGUGAGAGAUGAUUCCAGCCUGUGCACUAAUACAUUUGCUCUGUGUCCA